AUGAAGUUCACUGACGUGCCGGCCCUUUGGGCCCUGCUACUGCCCCUGGCCGCGGCGAAGCCCGACUGCAAGCCUCCCGUGGAGUCUGAGACGCUCCAGGAGCUCAUCACAGAGGAAAACUUGAUGGCCAACCUGGAAGAGCUCAACAGGAUCGCCUACGCAAACGGCGGUAACCGCGCCUUCGGUCUCCCCGGCUACGACGCCUCCGUCGACUUCAUCUACGGCGAAGUGUCCAAGCUCAAGGGCUUCACCGCCUGGAAGCAAGACUUCCCCGCCCUCUUCACCCAGACCACCGCCCAAAACGUCACCGUCGACGGCGAGACCUUCCGCACCGUCGCCCUCACCUACACCCCCAGCACCCCCGAGGAGGGCCUCACCCUGCCCCUCGCCCUCGCCCCCGACGGCCCGGCCGGCUGCUCCGCCGACAACUACGAAGGCCUCGACGUCGCCGGCAAGAUCGUCCUGGUCGAGCGCGGCCUCUGCCCGGACCAGACCACCUUCGCCGGCAAGGUGAGGGCAGCGUCAGCCGCCGGUGCCGUCGCCGUCGUCAUCUACAACUCGGACUCGGCCCAGCUCACCGGCGGCUCCCUCUCGGCCCCGAGCGAGGACUACAUCCCCGUCGCCCUGAUCGACCAGGGCCCGGGCCAGGCCCUCAGGGCGCGCCUCGAGGCCAACGAGUCCGUCGAGGCCUUCGUUCAGGUGGUCCAGAUUAUCGAGGAGCGCAUGACGCAGAACGUCUUCGCCGAGACCAAGGGCGGCGACGCCUCCAACCUCGUCGUGCUCGGCGCCCACCUCGACUCCGUCCAGGCCGGCCCGGGCAUCAACGACGACGGCUCCGGCUCGACCCUGAUCCUCGAGCUGGCCCGCGCCCUGCAGCACUUCUCCACCAACCUGAAGGUCCGCUUCGGUUGGUGGGGCGCCGAGGAGAACGGCCUCUGGGGCUCGCGCUACUACGUCAACAACCUGACCCCGGCCGAGGUCGACGACCUCCUCCUCUACCUCAACUUCGACAUGGUGUCGCGCGGCUACUUCGGCGUCUUCGACGGCUCCGGCGAGAACGCCGCCCCCGGCGGCGCCCCGGGCUCCGAGGUCAUUUCCGAGCUCUUCACCGAGCACUUCGCCGCCCAGGGCAUCGAGACGAGGCCCGUGGGGCUGACCGGCGGCACGGACUACGUGCCCUUCAUGACCCAGAUCAACAAGCCCGUCGGCGGCCUGUUCACGGGCGCGAGCAUUGCGGAGGAUGACUGCUACCACCAGGCCUGCGACAACAUCGAGAACCCCGAUCCCGAGACCCUCGCCGUCAAUGCCAAGGCGGCGGCGCACGUUCUGAGUAUCCUUGCGCAGGAGGGUGCCGAGCUGGUCCCCAAGGCCAACUCUACUGUCGGCUUCCUCAAGAGAUCGAGCGAUCCUUCCCGGGUGUUUGACUUUGGCGCGCACCACGGCAAGUACUGCGAUCAUGAUAUUAUCUAG